GACCCGUUUAGCUCUUCCUGCUGUUUAUUUGUACUGUUUUUUUGACAGCUACCGAGGGCCGUUUUGCGGUGUGAGGAUGUCUCCGUGGCCGUGUUUGUGCAGGAAAAAUGCAGUUCUACUGCGUGUGUCGCCGGUUAAAGCCAAAGGAGAUGGAUUUUACGGAUAAUCACGUUUUCAGUAGUUAUUUGUGGGAAAUGAGGCCUAACAAGAUCAAGAACCGGGCUUGAGGAAUUCAGUGUAAUUAGCUAUGGCCUCCCAGCUCCAGGCAUUCUCCUCCCCUUCGGUUUCCUCCAGCGGCAUUUCACGCUCCAAGAAGCUCAAACUGGAAAAGCCUGCAUGGGACGGAGAGAACAGUUACGGUCUGCAGAGCCCGGGUCAAGCCAGCGCGUCCUCACCCUCAGCUUCAGAUUUCAACUCCAACUAUGGCUCGAGCGGUCUUGGGUUUCCUUCUUCCAACCCGGCACGCGAGCACACGGUCGUACGAGCUGCGGACAGCACCGGCAGCGUCCCCGGCCCGUCGUCCUCAUCUUCGUCCUCCUCCUCUUCCUCCUCGUCGACGUCAAGCCACCGGGGCAAAAACGGUUACCAAAAGCAGAGCGGCGUGAAGAGGAAAAGCGAGGAGGUGGAGAGCAGUGAUAGCGUGCAGAUCCUGGAAGAGCUCUCGGCCCCUGUUCUGUCCAACCGGGCCGGCGGAGCAGGAGGUGGCACCACCACGGCGCAGUCCAUCACUCACUCCACCUCUACAGCCAAGAGCAGCAACUCGCACAGCGAGGGCGACUACCAGCUGGUGCAGCACGAGAUCCUGUGCUCUGUCUCCAACAGUUACGAGGUGCUGGAGUUCCUCGGUCGCGGAACCUUCGGCCAGGUCGCUAAGUGCUGGAAGCGCGGCACCAACGAGAUCGUAGCCAUCAAGAUUCUCAAAAACCAUCCGUCUUAUGCACGACAGGGUCAAAUUGAGGUGGGUAUCCUGAGUCGCCUGAGCACCGAGAACGCUGACGAGUUCAACUUUGUGCGCUCCUACGAGUGCUUUCAGCACAAGAACCACACAUGCCUGGUGUUUGAGAUGCUGGAGCAAAACCUGUACGACUUCCUGAAGCACAGCAAGUUCAGCCCCCUAAUGCUGAAGUGCAUUCGGCCCGUGCUGCAGCAGGUGGCCACUGCACUCAUGAAGCUCAAGAGCCUGGGGCUGAUCCACGCCGACCUCAAACCCGAGAACAUCAUGCUGGUGGACCCCAUCAGGCAGCCCUACAGGGUCAAGGUCAUCGACUUCGGCUCAGCCAGUCACGUCUCGAAAGCUGUGUGUUCCACCUACCUGCAGUCCAGAUACUACCGAGCCCCUGAGAUCAUCCUGGGUCUGCCGUUUUGCGAGGCCAUCGAUAUGUGGUCUCUGGGCUGCGUCAUCGCCGAACUCUUCCUCGGCUGGCCACUUUAUCCCGGAGCCUCUGAAUACGAUCAGAUCCGUUACAUCUCCCAGACACAAGGUUUACCAGCGGAGUACCUCCUGAGCGCGGGAACAAAGACCAGCCGAUUCUUCCACAGAGGACCAGACGCCAGCUACCCCCUGUGGAGACUCAAGACACCGGCAGAGCACGAGUCAGAGCUGGGCGUCAAGUCUAAAGAGGCUCGGAAAUAUAUCUUCAACUGUCUCGAUGACAUGAUGCAGGUUAAUAUGACUAAUCUGGAAGGCACAGACAUUUUGGCGGAGAAGGCCGACAGGCGGGAAUUUAUCGACCUGCUAAAGAAGAUGCUCGCUCUUGACGCAGAUAAAAGGAUCACGCCGAUGAAGACCCUCAACCACCCUUUUGUCACAAUGACUCAUCUCCUGCACUUUCCCCACAGCGCGCAUGUAAAGUCAUGUUUCCAAAACAUGGAGAUCUGUAAGCGCCGCUGCACCGCCUUCGACAACAACAAGAACCUCUUUAGCAGCAACAGCGGCCCGAGCACAGCCACCAACCUCACAGUGACCUUUAGCAGUCAGCUCAGUCAGCACAAUCAGCAGAUGGCACCCUCUGGUGGCCAGUCUCUGUCUCUGAGCAGCAACGUUCCUCUGCUCAACUACCAGCCGGGUCUUUACCAGCAGGCCACCAUCAACAUCCCGGGUCUGACCCAGCAGAGCGUCCCGCUGCAGACCAGACACACACAGCUGUGCACUCAGACUGAACCCUUCCAGCAGACCCUCAUCGUCUGUCCACCCACUAUACAAGCAGGGCUUCAGCCUUCCGGUAAGCACUCGGGAUAUCCGGUGCGGAUGGACAAUUCUGUCCCCAUGGUCCCCCAGAACCAAUCCGCUCAGUCCCUGCACAUCCAGCCCAGCAUGCUGACGCAGCAGGGCUGGCCCGCAGGCACACAGCAGAUCCUCAUCCCGUCGGCAUGGCAACAGAUGCCAGGCAUGGCCAUCCCUGGAACCAGUCAGCCUGUCCUUGCUGAAUCUCCUAUGGGCUCUAUGUUGGCUGACGGUUCGAGUCAGUCCAGUGCCAACUGGAGGGGGCGACAUGGUGGCCAGUGUGAUGUCACACAGCAGGAUGCUGCGCAGGGAUGCCACGUGACCUCGCAGACUCUCAACACAGGAGCGGGCAACGUUCGGGCACAGCAGGGCGGGGUCAAGAAGUCAAAGGGUCGCCAUGCAGAAAGUAGAGCUAGGCCCACGUCCUCUGCACUACACACCAGCGGUGACCCGUCUCAGCCGAUUAUCAUUUCAGACACACCCAGCCCAGCCGUCAGCAUCAUCACCAUUCCUAGUGACACCGAGGACGAAGACGACACCAAAGUUCCGCCCACAAGCUGCAGCGUGAACCAGCGUGCGAACGUCAUCAGCUGCGUGACGGUCCACGACUCUCAGGACUCGGACUCGUCCACCUGCAGCCCCCUCAGUCCUAAACGCUUGCCCAACUUUGCGGAGAGCAGCGGACAAGGCUCCAAGUCUUUGGCUGUGGUCAUGCCCUCACUGAAGACUCAGCCCUGGGACGGGGCGACCAACGAGCUAAACAGCACAACAUCCGGAAAAUCGAAGAAGACAUCAGCUCUACAGUCGUCCCACUCAGGAUUGUCCAGCAGCGAGCGGCAUCAGAGGACAGUGACCACCAAGUCCCAGCCUCUCAACCUGAGUCAGGUCCAGCAGCCCGGGAUGUCUUCUCAUGACAGGUCAGGAGGCGGGUCCCUGAGACGUCAACCCACUUAUCCUCCCGCAGGCCCGUCGCACUCCUACAGGCUGCACGAGGCUUCACUCUUCAGCUCCGCCCCUAACCUUUACGCCUACCCCGCGUCGGCCGCCCUCGCCUCGGUGUCGCAGGCCGUGGAUCAGCUUCACAACUCCGCCGGCGCUUCCUCUUCCUCCUCCGCCUCCUCGUCCUCGUCAUCCUCCAUCAGGCACACGCGUGCGGCCGGGCCUUACUCCGCCUCUCUGAGUCUCCUGCAGAAGAGCAGCGCCAUGGGGCUGAUGGGCCAAGCAGCCGCCUCGCACUGCCCGCAGCAGCAGCUCCCCGGGCAGCCGUACCCUCUCGGGCAGAGGAAACUCGCCCAGUACCCUUACCUGUGAGACACGCCAACCACACCGCAGAACAAACCCUGAUUAUUAUUGUUGCUUUUCUUUGAUCAUUAUUUUUAAAAAUGAAAGUUUUUAUGUAGUAAUGUUUGUUUUAAUGCAGCUCAUGUUAAACCAUAUACUGUCUGAUCUAAUGUGUAGGUGCAUCGGUUUACAUUUUGUUCUUGAAGUUUAGUGGAAGGUAUGACUGUAUAAAUAAUAAUAAUAAUAAUAAUAAUACUGUUCUGUAGCACUUUUAGCGGUGUUCAAAACACGUUCUCGCUUUCCUUUUUAUCAUCCUUUUAUUGAACAGAUAUUAUCAUUAACUUCACCCCUUAUUUGAACAGGAUUAGUUUCUCUGCACGACUCCUGUAACACAUUGUACUGAAGUCCAGAACGUAGCCAGAUAUACAAAACUGAAACAAAACGACGAACAAUAUCAACUUAGUUGUCAUCUGUGAGUUUAUUUCCCUUGAAUAACACCACACUAUUAGCGUCAGGGUCAGGGGGAGAUCAGUGGUUAAGGCAUUGGACCACGGUUUAGAAGAUCCCAGGUUUAAAUCCCAUCACCCCAAAGUUGUCCCUGUUGGUGCCCUUAAAUGUGCGAUAAAUGAGUAAAAAAAUGGGUAAGGCAUCUGCCGAAUGCCGUACUGUAAUUGUAUAACGGUAAUGAUGAGAUGAUAUCUGUCUAUGAAACUCGUCAAAUGAUCAGAGCAGGUUAGUCUGUGUGUCCUGUAUUGUCCUCAGGUGCAAGGACGGAAACGAAAUCACAGAGCAGCUCUUGUAACUGCAAACUGAUCCUGUCCAAAUAGGUUUUUUUUCUUUUCCUCCUCCUGUUUUUUCGCAGCCUUUGUGUAUUAAUCAUUUUCAAUUUUAUUUUUUUGUUCAGUUUUAUUUACAGGUGCCUUUGAUUAUAAUAGCACUUAUGUUUUAAUACAUUAUUUAUGUGUUUGUCAUUAUGUUGUUUUAUAUAUAUAUGUGUGUGUGUGUGUGUGUGUUUUAAUGCCUAUCGUGCUGACAGUUGCAUGUUGUUUAUGUAGAGUCCUAGGCGCUACAUAGUCAGAUGUUUUUAGGCUGCAUCAGCAAAAUGAUCAAAUGAGAAAGCGAUCGGAUCAGAUGAGGCGUUUAUAUGUGGUGUGUGGUGUGCAGCCGUCGAUGCAGAGAGCACUUAAAAAAAAAAGAAGAAAAAAAAGAAGGGUUAACUUGGAUGUGUACGUUCAUAAACUCGUGCCUAGUACAGUUGUGCGUUUGAUCCCGAGUCUGCUUUUCACAAGCUUCUUAUUAGUGGACGUUCGCUCUAACUAGAAGAUCGUGAAUCGCUGCUUUUAGGCUGGUCACGUGUUCGUUUAGAAUAAAUCAGACUUGUGCAAUUUGUGGAUGUUUCUACUCUUCUGUUAGAACGUGGAGUGUGAAGUUGACCAAACUAUGGCUAUGUCCUGAUAAAUAUAUACAUAUUGUAUAUGCACAAUAAACAUUUUCAGUGUACAUUGAA